AAUUGGCAUAAUCUGAAAUUGUCAUAUUUAGUACUUGCUUGCAAAUUCUUUGCAUUUGACAUCACCAGGCUUGUACUUGCAGCCAUCUUCAGUUCCUGUUUGUUUCUGGGGUUUUUUGUCUACAGUCUUUUUUCUGAAAGUGAAACACAUGUUCAGUUAGAUUUAGGCCUUUGGAUCAUUAGUAGUUCCUUUCUAUCUCCACAUUUUUCUCUUUCCAACAUUGUGCAGGUUUAUACUCAUCUGAUCUCAUUCAUAAGGCUUUGUUCCACCACUCUACAGUUUUUUUUUAAAGUACCUUUUUAGCUAACUCUAACCUGGCCAUUAUAUCGAGACUUACCAGUGUUUUGCAUCUUCAGGCUGGCCUGAUCUGGUAAAUAUUCUACCACAGAGACAGAUCGCACCGAUCAAUGAUGUGUACACGGCUGAUAAAGUCUAUCUCCUGUUCUUUCCUGCGGUGUACCAUCUACCUGCCAUCUAUAUGAUCGUUUGGCCACGCCCCCCUUCGCAUGGAUGAGCCUACAUCUUAGAGGGGGAGUGUAAAUGAGUCACAGACGGUCUCCUGGCCUCUGACUGCUCGUAACCGUCCAUCAGGGGGGACAGCGUUCACCUUUCCACCAGUGGCACUGUCUACCACCAUGAUCCUAAAUUGCAUUAGCACGGCUGUUGUUACUAGGCGUUGAGAGGGCGAUGAGAGAGAAAUGGAUGGGACCAGCAUCUUUAUCGCAAUUCAGAAGGUGUACUACCCCCUGUUGUGCAUAAUGGGUAUUCCAGCCAACCUCUUCACAUUCUACAUGAUCUGCUUUCGCAAGUGCGGGAUGUCUGAGACGGCCAUCAUCUACCUGAGCUUCCUGGCUAUCGUGGACACCUUCUACCUGAUCUGGGUGAUCCUCCUGGAUCUGACCCUGACGUUCCUGCAGGUGCAGCCCUUCUGGCACUCCCACCCCUGGUGCGGCAUCCUGGGCUUCCUGCAGUACGGCUCCCUCUACAGCUCCUCCUGGAUCGUGGUGGUGUUCACCAUCGAGCGCUACCUGGUCCUGAGCAUCACUGUCGCCAAGCAACACUUCACCCAGGCCCGGGUCACGGUGCUCACCUGCGUCACCAUCGUCCUGGUCUCCCACCUGGCCUCCGUCCCCUUGGCCUGGAUCAACGCCGUCACGCCCACCAACGUGACCCUGCCGGGGGGCCAGAACGUCACCCAGCCCCGGUGCCGGUACCGGGACGGCGCCUACGCCACGGUCAUGGUGUGGGUCACCACCUUCCUCUCCGGGGGGAUCCCCAUCGUCCUCAUCAUCAUCUUCAACUCCCUGAUCGCCUACCACCUGACCAGAGUGAGCAGGCUCUUCACCAAGGAGGAGCGGCGGACCAUGAGGGGCGUGACCACCAAGGGCAUGGUGCGGCGGACCAUCCUGCUCCUGGGCACGGUGUCCGUCACCUUCGUGGUCCUCAGCCUCCCGCGCUUCGUCACCUACUGCAUUCUCCGCACCAAGCACAACGACGACGCCUUCAACCGGAACGACUACGCCAUCCCCAUCAACGUCAUCAGCGACGUGGCCAACAUGCUGCAGAACCUCAACUCCACCACCAACUUCCUGCUCUACUGCAUGGUGAGCAGGAGGUUCCGGCAGGAGCUGGUCUGCCUGCUGACGUGCAGGACGAGGGCCCGGGCCCUGGGCUCCCUCCUCACGCAGACCACCAUGAAGGUCUUCUCCGUGGUGGACCACAAGGCUGAGCCGCCCGCGGACGCCGGAGGCAUCGUACUCACCAAAGUCAAGCAAACCCGCGCCUCCCACUACGAUACCCAAGAUGCACUGCAAAGGGAUGCCUGAAAUAAUCUGACUGGUCAUCCGUACCAAGAAAUCACAACGAAAUGUGAAGUUCGCUUUGAGAUGUCAUAAACAUUGUGAAGUCACAUUCUCUUUUACUUCUCUGCAAUUGUUAUUUGUUACUUGUGUCUUGUGUCGGACUUUCAGAUAAAUUGUAUUGCCAAAUGUAUGAAAUUUAUAUGUGUGUGGAUAAAUUAGUGAAAGCCAAGAUGAGAAUUUUAACUGCAUGUUGUGUUUCAUCUUUGGAAGGUCAUUUAUGGCAGACCUUUAACCUUCAACACUAAAGUUUAAAAUGGUGGCCUCUGAUUUGUGUACCUAGCCGAAGCAUGAAUUCCUAAUUUUGCCUGUUACUGGGAGCACAAUAGACUAUAUAAUUGCCUGUAAAAUUAGCCGGCAAGUGUGGGCACUGACACUUUGCCUUUGUUAAAUACUGAGAAAAUACCCUUUCUGACUCUGCAGUGACCCUGACACAAGCACUCCUGUUGAUGAGAUAUAGCAAUGACGUCAUCCAUCUGGAACAAUAUACAGAAGCUAAAUCUUCCAGGUGCUGAGGUGUGGUGUUUUGAAGAGCCCAAACGCUUUUUGCCUCCACUGGGAACAGGUAUGAUGGAUGUCAAGGUAAGCAGUCACAGCAGUAGCACCAACUUCGCAGUCCCUUGAUAUUCCACAGCUUUCUCCUGGCCCCUGGGAAGUAAAUAUUCAGUCUAGUGGCCGCAGCUGACAACCUUCACAGAGAAGGCAAUACAGUUGAUGGCUCAAAGACCUUCACUUAAGAGAGAUGAGGGCUACCCAGCCAAGGCAGCUCAGAGAAGGAACAGUUAUAUUUGUGUGCAACAGCAAACAAGACUUAGGCCUAUAUUGUACAAUAUUGUAUGUGUUAUAUGCACAUUACCUUUCUUAGCAGGUACUCGUUUAUAGCACUCAUCAGCCCACCAAAAGAGUUUAGACAAAUGGUUUAAAAUUUUAAUCAAACAGGCAUUUCUUGGCUAAUGACUGGUAAAUGUAAGAGAGGCUGAAUCAACUGUGUUAAAUUAAGAGUUUAUUUGUCCUUCUCAUACAGUGGCAUUGGCAACCUGAAUUGUGUAUUGAAAUUUAAUUUCAUAAAAUAAAUGGUGACUAUGUAUGUACAGACA